AAGUUAAAUGGUGACAAUCUAGAUCUGAGAGUAACAACGAACGAUGUUCGAAUGACAAACAAGAGUAAAGACUAUCAUUUCUUUGCUUCCGACUUUGUUGCGGACAGGAUUGAUACUUCACACUUGUCAAACAAAGCUCCUCAGAAAGAAAUGGAAUCAGUGGGUGCAGAUGAUUUCCUGCCAACUUGUGAAGAAAUCAGAAACUAUAAAGAAAAUUUAAAGACCUUGCUGGCAAGGAAAUUGGUAGAGCAUGUCAGUUCAUUCAGCUGGAUGAGUUGCCUAAUUCCAACACAUGUACCACAUGACAGACAAGUCGAGAUGUCAAAGGCUUCAUCCAUUUUCUUGUUGCCAAUUAUUUUGAAAAAUGAGGCAUCAUACUUGGACUGUAUCGACAUAAUGGAUGCCUACGUCAAGCACAUCAACCAGUGGUAUGCCAAAGCAGGCAGAGGCUCAGAGCUUGAAACACUUCGAGUUCCGGUUGGUGGCGACCAACUGACCAGAGUAAGACUCCAAAGAAAAGCCUUGAGGGAAGGGACACAUACUAUGCAGUCAAGAUUUGAUCAGCUUGAGCCAGUCAUUGUGGAAAUGUUCCACACCCUUCAAGAUUUCCUUGAGAAAUUAUGCAAAAAGUUUCUCAAGUUUGACAAGGGAAUGGACAAGGGCACGCUUGGACAUUUGAAAUUAGUCAUUCAACGAUCAAAUGUUAAUGGGAAAGUCAAAGUGCUGUUUAAGGCACAUGAACAGUUUGUAGCUGUCGUCGGCACGUCAUACUUUCUUCAACUGACCAAGCACAUGUUUGGACUCAAGGAGUUGAGCGAUGAAUUGAAACACCCAGAUAUCCCACCAAAGGUGAAUUUGUGGCACAACAAGAAGGAGGAAGUGUUCCACAGAAUCAUGGACCAACUUUUGGAUACCAUGUUCAUUCCACCAUUGGACAAGAAAAAGAAAUCUGAAGCAGGAACGUGCAACUUGACAGUCACAGUGGGGCAGACUAAGACAAAAUUGACUGUUCCAGUGGUUAACAACCAAAUACAAGUCCGAGUUGGUGCUCCGGGGAAUCUUUUUGUGCUUACUGCGACUCCGACACAAGUUGAGCAUGGGGUAUCUGUGCCUCUUCCAGGUUUAACAACCCCAGUUCUUAUCAACAAAGAUGUGUUAAUGGAAGAUGAUCUCCACAACUAUGUGGUUAACUUCAUGAACUGGUACUUUGUCAUCCUUGUUCUUCAAGAUGCUAUCUCAGAAGGCAACAUGUACUUGAACAACAUCACUCUGAAGUUCAUGAUACCAUAUUUCUACUCACACUCAGCUCUGUCAAAAUACAUGUCGGAGUGUAUUGACUAUAUUCUGAAAACUGAGAUCAUGCUGUCCUCCCGCAUGGCUAUGAGAGUACGUGCUGCAUCAUUUGUGAAUCCCACUGGCAGACAUGGCCACAACAAAGCAGCGGAUAUGCAAAAGGAAAAUCAGGUCCUGGUGUUAAAAGGUCUGAUAAAAGGUCUUGGUGCCAACAAGACAGAGAGGUCAAUUGUUAAGAUAUCCAAAGUUGCUCCAGUUGUUGAAAGCAUUAAUGAUAACGUUGUCUCAAUGACAAAAUCUGCUGACUAUCACACAAGUCACAGACAGAGAUCAUCUUCGGAUGACAUCAAGGAGAUACUGUCUGUCCUGCAGGCCAGUAACCCAUGGAAAGUUACUCCUGGUAGGCAACUGAAAGGUUUCCAAGGAAUUAGUCAGUCCCCAUUUUCCUUCAACGUGCAACAGAUGAGAAACAGCAUCCAGACUAAUGUGGACCGUCUGAAAAGGGGAGUUGUCUUUCUGCCUGAUGAUGAUGAAGUGGAGGAAAACUGACUGUAAAUAAGGGAAUGAAACUUAGACACUAUCACAGUUCCCACAAUAUUCUUAGAUUCCCUGUGAACAGGUUCACUCAAACUUGUAGUUUGUGAAAGUAAAGCCACUUAAUGAUUCAUGUUGCUCAAGUGACUGUGCCAGUGAAAUCAAGCUUUACUUUAUCUGUGUGUAACAUUAGAACCUUAAAUAUUCUUUGUGCAUACAGUUUUUGGUGAUAUACAGGGCAAUGACUGUACUGUGUUAUCACAUUGGUCAGGAUUAAAGGACAGGUGACAAUAUUU